AUGGGUUUAGAGGAAUGGAUGACGAGGUGUGUGGUGUUUGUGGUGUUUGUGUUGGUGGGUUGGUGGGUUGUGGAGGGUAUGGUGUGUUUGGGGUAUGUGGUUGAGGUGGUUAAUGGGUUUUUUAUUAUGGGAUUUUGUGUGAUGUUUGUAGAUGGUGUAGAGUGUUAUGUGGAUUUGUUGUUUGGUUGUUUGGGUAGGGUGGUAAUGGGUGUUAGAGAAUGGGGAGUUGAGGGUUGGGUGGGGUGGUUGUGGUUGUGUUUUGUUGGGUGGGUUGUGUUGGUUGGUGUUUUUUAUUUUUGGGGGUGUUAG